CUGCAUCCACUUAUUACAGUCUUACACUUUACCUCCUCCUCCUUCCGCUGCCGUCACAGUAGAGAGAGAGAGAGAGAGAGAGAGAAAUGGCGAUGAGAGCCGCGAUCCUCCGCCACAUCCGCCUCCCGGCGAGGGCCCAAACCCUAGCCGCCGCCGCCGCCGCCGCCGCCCCGAGAUCGUGGGACCAGAGCCCCCUCGGAGGCUCCCGGGCCAUGUCCUCGCACGGCGACGACCACCUCGCCAAGGAGGAGGUUGCCGAGAGGGUCCUCUCCGUCGUGAAGAGCUUCCCCAAAGUCGAUCCCGCCACGGUGACUCCUGAUGUUCAUUUCCAAAAUGAUUUGGGCCUAGAUAGCUUGGACAACGUAGAGAUUGUAAUGGCACUGGAAGAAGAAUUUAAGCUCGAAAUCCCAGAUUUGGAAGCUGAUAAAAUUGACUCCUGUCAUCUUGCUAUUGAGUACAUCUACAACCAUCCUAUGGCUGGUUAAUUCGAGCUCAUGCAUCUUUUGACUAUCCUGUAUUGUGUGGACAAUGAGCUGCUCAGCCUCCUCUUCGGUUGCUUUGUCUUGAGCGUGAAGCAGAGGAUGGAAAAUAAUCUCAACUUUUGUGAUAAAAGAUAAUCCACCAAGAAACUAAAAUCCUCUUCUUGCCUUUGUGCAAAUUUUCAAUCUUUCACUGGACAUUGAUGAUGAUGAAUAACUUAAUCAUUUGUCUUCAAUAGCAAUUUUGGAUUGGUUUUCA